UAAACAAAAACACGAAAUUAUUUUGUAUCUGUUGUAAUCCAAUUUCUAACGCCAAAAACUACUUUCUAACUAUAUGUUUGUUUUAUUUAAACAAUGUGGCAAUAUAUCUACUAAUAUUUUACCGUAUUUGCUCUUUUCUAGAUUAAAAAAGGGUGACAUGGCGCGUAGAAACACUAAACAUGGUUGGACAGACACUCAAGUUUUCACAUACCCUUUGCCGCCAAAUAAAACUCAACUUUUCACCAAGUACAGGUACGUGGAGAGACCACACACUGCAGCAGUUACAUAUCUUGAAAAAAUGCUGACAAAAACAUCACUGACGACGCAGAAAGUUACCCACCAAGACAUUGAAAACUUUGGAAACAAUGUUUACAAGAAUAAAGUUAAAAUGUAUGAACAAGAAAAACAUGAAGCUGUUGAAAGAGCAGUAGAAGAAACUAAACGUGAAGCAAAACUACAAGCUGAAAAGGUAUUAGCAGCAGCGUUAGACAAAGCAAACGUUGAAAAAGAAACCGCGCUUGAAAAGCAAAAAAAUUAUUACGAGGAAAUAAAGAAAAGGAUCAUAUUUGGACGAGACUGUCUUGAAAAAGAAAGAACCAAACAGCUUGUGGUAAAGAUGAAAAAGGAAAAAGAAUUGGCGUUAAAGGAACAAUGGGAAAAAGCUGAAAGGAUAAAGAAAGAAACAGUAGUGGAAGCUCUAAAGGAGCAGAAACGAGUCCUGAGAGCAGAAUCUGCUCUUGAGCGAGAAACUGCCAUCGCGAGAGCUUUGUCGGUUGCUCGAGGAAAGUUCGAUCAAAAGAUUGAAGAAGAGGUUGAAAAAGUUCGAGAGGAAUGUUGGUUGGUUGGGAAGGAGCAACUGAAUCGAAGCAAAAUUAUUCACAAACAUGAAAUUGAAAGAUUGCAUGAAAGGAUUGCAGUUUUAACCCAAGAAUCGAAGAAAGUUGAAAAGAAGCGUGACCUUGCACAGAGGGAUUUCAUCAACAUUGAAAGUGAUUAUUCACAUUUCCUUGACUUCACCACACCAGUGAGUUGCCACUCAGAUUAUCUUAUCACCCCACGCAAGUUAAAACAUGGGAUGGCAGAAAGCAGGCAGGAACAACAAACGCAAACAAACUUAAUCGCAUUGGACCAAAAGACACAGUCAGUGCAAACCAAUGUUCAAAUCUUGGCAAGAAGAUAAUGAAGGAAGCAUUUGCCUUCAUAUGCUAAAUAUACACAAUGUGUAUUUAUAUGCAAACCUGGGAUGUCUGGCUGCAGAAGUUAUGUGCCAGCAUAUCUAUAUAAAAGAGCUUUGGCUUUUAAAAUUAGCCAGAAAUGUGGUUUUAAAAACUCUAUCUAUACACAACAGUUUUUCUAGAAACAACAAGUUUACCAAAAAAGCAAACGAAACCAUACAUAAUAAUUUUUCAAAAUAAGUAUGCUGCUGUUUUGAUUCAAUAAAUUGUCACCUAUCUAUCCUCUUGAUACGCAAAUCUGGAAGUUAUAAUGCAGGUGUUUUAUUGUAACUCCUUGUGCCUGCUUACAAAUAACUAUAAAUAUUAUCCUGUGCAUGAUUGUUUCCUUUGAUUUAUUUCCAAAACUUGAUUUUGUGAGUAAAUACUAAAAACAACUCUA